AAGCGAGAAGCGAGAAAACUUCCGUGAGCCUUUGAGAAUGCCCAUCAACCCCCUCUCUCUCUCUCUCGACUUUUUUAGUGAGAGAAAGACAGAGGCAUCCUCAGCCGCGCAUCCCCUCUCUCUCUCUCUAUAAAUAAAUUUGCUUUCUUUUCCACUCAUUUCAUUUACAUAUCCCACCACUUCUCUCUCUCUAAAAAAGUCAGCGCCUCCUUUUGUCCCUGCUUCAUAACUCACAAGAGCAAAGGAAUGGAAGAUGACUGGGAUCUCCACGCCGUCGUCAGAGGCUGCGCCGCCGCCACGAGCAACACCAGAUCCCUUCAAGCUCUCUACGGUCAUCAGCAGGCUUGCAGCAGCUUCUCCGCCUCCAGCUUCCAAGAUCUGCUCGAGCCCAGACGAAACGGCGGCGUUCGAGAAGGCCUGAUUGAUCUCUACAAUUACAAACCCCUUUUCCCCAACUCGGAAAUCCCAUUCUCUUUGCCGGUUUCAACCAUCUCCGCCCUCGUAGGAUCGCAGGAUCCGCCACCGCCGCAAACGCAGCUCCGCCCAAAGCACCACUCUUUCUCUGUUUCUAAUGCCUCGAAAACUAGUGCCUCUCACUCUCCCACCCCAAGGUCCAAAAGAAGAAAGACCCACACCAAGAAGGUUUGCCACGUGGCUGCCGAGAAUUUAUCUUCCGACGUGUGGUCGUGGAGGAAAUACGGCCAGAAGCCCAUUAAAGGCUCUCCAUAUCCAAGGGGUUAUUACAGAUGCAGCACCUCAAAAGGUUGUAUGGCGAGGAAGCAAGUGGAGCGGAAUAGAUCCGACCCGGGAAUGUUCAUCGUGACCUACACGGCCGAGCACAACCACCCCAUGCCCACCCACCGGAACUCCCUCGCCGGCAGCACCCGCAACAAGCCGGCGGACCCCAUCGGCACUUCUUUCUCGCCGGAGGUUUCGCCGGCGACAAGCCUCUCGCCGGCGGCGGAGAAGCUGGAGAGCAGCAGGGAGGAGGAAUUGGCGGAGGACGACGACGACGGCGUGUUCAGCGUCUCGGAGAUGGCGUUGGACGACGAUUUCUUCGCCGGUUUGGAGGACUUCACGGCGGCGGAUCCUGACUGCGCCUCCGGCCACUUGCAGUUCCCCUGGCUGUCGACUAGCGCAACCACUACCACCACCGCCGGCGGCGGUUGACCGGCAGAGGAGAAGUGAUAAGAUAGUUAGAUGCUUUUCUUCUCACUCACUUUUCUUCAUUUUUGUAUUUUGUAGUACAAGUCAACAUUUUUUUUUAUCUUUUUCUUUUUUGUUGUUUGUGGGUAGAGUUGUAAAGAAUCUAGAGAUCACAAUGUCUUUUUUUUUGGGUAAAAUAAAUUAGUUUCUUUUUUUUUGAGGGAAAUAAAUUAGUUUCUUCAAUCAUGUAUAUAUGAGAAAAGGGGUUAUUUAUUGUUAUGCAAGAUGGCAUAUAACAAGGUAUAGGCUUUAUGCUUAAUGAAAUCAUGAUUAAUAUUAUGCUUAAA